GCGAAGGAAGAAGGCUGCUUGGCCUGGCUGCCACCAUCUUUAUCGGCUGGAUUCCUUCCCUUCGCUCGGGCUUCCUUCCCGGAGACCCACCUCCCUCCCCCGUCCUCCUCCUCCUCCUCCUCCCAUGGUCCCCGGGCAGCAACCCUUUUAGUGCAAGAUUCAAUCUGCUCCUGCUCCUCCCUGCCGCCGCGCUGUUCUUGCCGCACAGGCACAGAUUCGCCCCGCCCCCUUUUCUUGGUUCUUGGCCGGGCAGUUCCAGGUUUUCUUGAUCCAGUUCCGCUGUGCUGGCGAGCGAGGCGCUGCUCCGGGGCCAAGAUUGCUGCUGCUCGCCGGAGACGGGCUCGCGCUCGCAUUCCUGGGCCGCCUCGAUCUGUCCCGCGGUCAGAUUUGAUCGGCGUGGCGCCACCGGGGUUCCGAUUUGGCGUGUCCCGGUGUGCCCCGACUCCCCCUCUUUGAUGAGGCUCUCGCACUGUGAGAGCUACUGCGCCUCCCCCCUCUGCUACAUCCCCUGCCUCCCCAAGUCCAAGGAUGCUCCGCCCGGCGCCGGUGCUCUCUCCACGCCGCCCUGCCCGGUCGAGGACAAGCCGCCCCCAGUUCAGAAGUUCGAGGCGCUGGAGCCUCCGGAGAAGGACGACGUUGAGAGCAGGAAGGACGAGGACGGCGAGAAGACCUUGGCGGCGGUGGUGGCGGCGCCACCGAAAAGCAACCUUAAGAAGCCCAACUGCGCCGCCGACGGCGUGUGCGCUCCCAAAGGCAAUGUGAAGUGGCUUGAUUUGCUGGGCAAGGAUCUUACCGAGGUCAGGGAGUUCGAGCCAAGUGAAUCCGGAGAUUCGUGCGACGACGGGGAUGGCAUGCCAGUAUGUGUCUGUGUCAUCCAAUGAACCAGGAAGAAUCUUGUCAGAGGGUCAUGUAAAUUCUGUG